GAAAGCAAUCUCCCGGGCAGGCCUCCAGCAUCUGGCUCCUGCACAUCCUCUCAGCCUUCCCGUGGCAAAUGGUCCAGCCAAGGAGCCCAGAGCAACUCUGGACUGGAGUGAGAACGCCGUGAACGGGGAGCACCUCUGGCUGGAGACCAAUGCCUCAGGUGACCUCUGCUACCUGGGAGAAGAGAACUGCCAAGUCCGAUUUGCAAAAUCGGCUCUCAGGAGGAAGUGUGCAGUCUGUAAAAUCGUGGUCCACACCGCCUGCAUCGAGCAGCUAGAAAAGAUUAAUUUCAGAUGUAAGCCAACGUUUCGAGAAGGAGGCUCAAGAUCACCAAGAGAAAAUUUUGUGCGUCAUCACUGGGUGCACAGGCGUCGGCAGGAGGGGAAAUGUAAGCAGUGUGGUAAGGGCUUCCAGCAAAAGUUCUCCUUCCACAGUAAAGAGAUCGUGGCCAUCAGCUGUUCCUGGUGCAAGCAGGCGUUUCACAAUAAGGUGACCUGUUUCAUGCUGCAUCACAUUGAGGAACCCUGCUCCCUGGGGGCUCAUGCUGCCGUUAUAGUCCCGCCCACCUGGAUCAUUAAGGUGAAGAAACCUCAGGUGAUCUCCAUACCAGGAGAUGAACUUGAACUUGGUUGGGCGGGAGACGGACCUGGUUGGGCGGGAGACUGGAGCCCCUCAGAGAAUUUGGGAUUCUUCCAUUUUUACUGGGAGGGUUGGCAGAACUCCCUGAAGGCUUCCAAUCGGAAGAAGAAGAGAACAAGCUUUAAAAGGAAAGCCAGUAAAAGAGGAACUGAACAGGAAAACAAAGGUCGUCCUUUUGUGAUAAAACCUAUCUCUUCUCCUCUCAUGAAACCCUUGCUUGUGUUUGUGAACCCCAAGAGUGGAGGAAACCAGGGAACCAAAGUCCUACAGAUGUUCAUGUGGUAUCUGAAUCCACGGCAAGUUUUUGACCUUUCGCAGGAAGGGCCAAAAGAUGCGCUUGAGCUCUACAGGAAGGUACCUAAUCUGAGAAUUCUGGCCUGCGGUGGGGAUGGAACGGUGGGCUGGAUCCUUUCCAUCCUGGAUGAGCUGCAGCUGAGCCCCCAGCCUCCUGUAGGGGUCCUUCCUCUGGGGACUGGCAAUGACCUGGCUCGAACUCUCAACUGGGGUGGGGGUUACACAGAUGAGCCGGUCUCUAAGAUCCUAUGCCAGGUGGAGGACGGGACCAUUGUACAGCUAGAUCGCUGGAACCUCCAUGUGGAGAGGAACCCAGACUUGCCUCCAGAAGAGCUUGAAGAUGGCGUAUGUAAGCUUCCUCUGAAUGUUUUCAAUAAUUACUUCAGCCUUGGAUUUGAUGCUCAUGUCACACUGGAGUUCCAUGAAUCCAGAGAGGCAAAUCCAGAGAAAUUCAAUAGUCGUUUUCGAAAUAAAAUGUUUUAUGCAGGGGCAGCUUUUUCUGAUUUCCUACAGAGAAGUUCUAGAGAUCUAUCCAAACAUGUUAAAGUUGUCUGUGAUGGAACAGAUCUCACCCCAAAGAUUCAGGAACUCAAGUUCCAGUGUAUAGUAUUUUUAAAUAUACCCAGAUAUUGUGCUGGCACAAUGCCCUGGGGAAACCCGGGAGACCACCAUGACUUUGAGCCUCAGCGUCAUGAUGAUGGCUAUAUUGAAGUCAUUGGAUUCACCAUGGCCUCUUUGGCUGCCCUGCAAGUCGGGGGCCAUGGAGAAAGGCUGCACCAGUGUCGAGAGGUCAUGCUUCUAACGUACAAGUCCAUCCCCAUGCAAGUGGACGGCGAGCCCUGUAGGCUGGCCCCGGCCAUGAUUCGGAUCUCCUUGAGGAAUCAGGCCAACAUGGUACAGAAGAGCAAGAGGAGAACCUCCAUGCCUUUACUCAAUGACAUCCACCAGGUGCAAGCUGCGGACCUGAGGCGAGUGUCUGCUCCCCCCGGCUCCUUCUCCAUUCCCCAGUCUGUCCCAGAUCGCCUGAGGAUCCGGGUGAACAAAAUCAGUUUACAAGACUAUGAAGGAUUCCACUACGACAAAGAGAAACUCCGGGAAGCUUCCAUUCCUCUGGGUAUUCUAGUUGUGCGUGGAGACUGUGAUCUGGAGACUUGCCGUAUGUACAUAGACCGCCUACAGGAGGACUUGCAGUCAGUUUCUUCUGAUUCCCAGAGAGUUCAUUACCAGGACCAUGAAACCUCCUUCCCCAGGGCACUCUCGGCUCAGAGGCUGUCCCCUCGGUGGUGCUUCCUAGAUGCAACUUCUGCUGACCGCUUUUAUCGAAUAGACAGAUCUCAGGAACAUUUGCACUUCGUGAUGGAGAUUUCCCAAGAUGAGAUUUUUAUUCUCGACCCAGAUAUGGUGGUGUCACAGCAGGCGGGGACACCUCCCGGCAUGCCUGAUCUGGUAGUAGAGCAGGCCUCAGGGCUGUCAGACUGGUGGAAUCCUGCCCUGCGGAAACGCAUGCUGAGUGAUAGUGGGCUGGGGAUGAUAACUCCCCAUUACGAGGACUCAGAUAUGAAAGAUUUCAGCCACUCCCGUGUGCUACAGUCACCAGUUUCUUCUGAAGAUCAUGCAAUUUUGCAGGCAGUAAUAGCUGGUGAUCUUAUGAAGCUAAUAGAAAGCUAUAAAAAUGGAGGCAGUCUGCUAAUUCAGGGACCAGACCACUGUUCACUGCUUCACUACGCAGCCAAAACCGGCAACGGGGAGAUUGUGAAAUAUAUCCUGGACCAUGGACCUUCUGAAUUAUUGGACAUGGCAGACAGUGAAACGGGUGAGACUGCACUGCAUAAGGCUGCCUGCCAGCGGAACCGGGCUGUGUGCCAGCUUCUGGUGGAUGCAGGAGCAUCUCUGAGAAAGACGGACUCCAAGGGUAAGACGCCUCAAGACAGAGCACAGCAGGCUGGGGACCCAGAGUUGGCUGCUUACCUCGAAAGCCGCCAAAACUAUAAGAUCCUUGGCCAUGAGGACCUGGAAACUGCUGUUUGACCCUGGUAGAUGGGCCAAGAGGAUGAGUGAGCAAAUCACCUGUGCCCUGCUGGCAGCUGGGCAGCUCCCCUGGAAGAAGCUGAUGGAAUCCAUGUAUCUGUCUGUCUCCUGCAAGAAUCUAUCUGAGACCAUGCCACCAGUUUUUAAGGGCUACCAAGAUGUACAACAGAACGUGAUAGCCCAGGGAGAAGGAGGCAGGCUACCUGGAGAUUUGUGGAAUGCAAGUUCCACAAAAUUUGAUCCUUAUUGCUUCCAGCAAGUAGCAUGAACUUCUGUGUUCACCUGUAUAAUUUAUUUUACAGAUUCAAAGGAUGUUUGUAUAAAAGGCACUGCUCCCUCCUCCCCCAUGCAUUUCCAUCUUUUCCCUGUCCCACACAAUUCUACUGUAAUUACCAUCAACUUAAAAAAAUAUGAUAUCUCUUCUCUUUCCUUCCAUGCAGUCUUUGAAGACCACAAGAUUGUCUGAAGGUCUUUUAAAACCCCUCUGGCUGUUCUGCAGAAAUAUUACUAUAAAACCACUUCCAUUUCCAAGACUAAAGAUACCGAGACUACUUAGUGACUCUUUGCAUGCCCUCCCCUUCCCCCUCCUGUUUCAUCCUAUAGGAGCUGGAAAGUGCCACAUGGAUAAUGUCAACUUGUGGGCUAAUCUCUGAGGCCUGGUGAGGUGGCAUGGGAGCUGUCUGUGCUCAGAGGUACCUCAGAGAGGUCACCCAGGGGUCGGCCCAGGCAGCUGGGCUGUUUGCCGAUAGCCGUGCAGGACGGGUUCAGCUUGGGCUGUUUGUACAGCUCCGUACUGCCUAUGUGUAGCCAUCUUUGCCUUUUGCUGCAAUAGAGAUGAGCAAAGGAUUAAACAAAGGCCCAUAGCUAGUUUGCAGAACCACUCAAUUUCAAGUGCUGUUUAAAUUGCAGGGUGUGGGAACUGUGGUUACAGGAAAUGGAGCACUCUAACAACGUUUAGUUCUAGUCUUUGUUGAGUGAUAAUAGAAAGCAACCUAAUCGACUUGGGGUGGGGGGUCAGCAAAAGCAGAAGUAGCAACAUAUGUCAAGAUAAUACACUGGAGCAAGAACACAGUCAUUGGAAUGUUGCACAGAAGCUAAUAACAUAGACUCUAGGAUCCAGCUGUGAGAGGGGGUCCAUUUAAGGUUUUCCUUCUAGGGUUCAUUUUCAUGAUUUCCAGGAAGUCUUGACCCAAGGACAAAGCCUUGUUUAAGGAAUCCCACCCACUGCCAGAUUCCCAGAAUGCCUGGCUCUUUCUGAUGGAUGCUUUGUUUGUUGCUUGUCAGGUUCUGAGCUCAUACCUGAGAAUCCUAUUUCCAAGUAUGGGGUAGUCUAAUAUACUUCUUUCUCUGCAGGCAGUUCUUGGUGCUGUGGCAAUGUGGGAGUCUAGCCAGAAAUGUCUGGUAGUGGGGGACUCUGUGAUAACUAAAAUAUCAGGAGAAAAAGUCUUCUAACUUUCUGUCCAAAUAUCUACUUGAGUUGGGUGUGAGUCAAAAAUAAACGCAGGUGUCCAAGGGUUUUAUUUUGGCUAAAUCUGGUAUCUUCUGAGCUUGCUCCAUUUUGCUCCUGGACACAACCAAACGCUCCCCUAGUGUUUCUGCAUGUGACCAUUAAUGAUCAUUUCUCUAAUGUGAAGGGCCAGUGGUGACACAUUAUUUGUCUGAAUCACAUCUUGGUCCCAAAUCAUCAUUUUUAAAGUAUGGAUGUAAUAUACUGUAUUCGUUCAGAACAGCCUGUCAGUGGAUGGGAAUUUUAUUUAGCACAGUUUCUCCUUAGUCACUUCAAAACCAAAUGGUUGGCAUCGUUUCCAGCUGUGGGAGAAUGGGUUGGCUAUGAGUAAUCCAUUUCCAUCUAUCAGCCUCAGACCUGGAACUCUCUCUUGGAUUUUACAGUCAGAGAAGGAGGGGUUGCAGUAGAUUGUUUCCAGAAGCUGGGGGGAAAAAUAUAUGCUCCAGGAGAGUUUAAUUACUGGGCUUCUGCAGGGAGUGUUUUAGUUGGUGGGACUGUCAAGGAAACAUUGUGAUGACAGAAAUAUAAUAUAAUCCUUAAAACAGACUGGUAUCUGGCUUUGAAUGGUGCCUUCCAUUCCCUGGAUUGAGCCAGACAUUUGGCCAGGCAGUCAGUUACCCAGCUGCCACGGUUGGGAUAAAGGACUCCAUUUUCAUCAGUUACCAUCUCAGAUUUCUCUGUGAGUGCUUUAAAGCAUCCCAGAGAAAAUUUAGGGCACCAGGUGGCCAUGGGCCAAUUCAAACAGCUCCAAUGGAAGACACAAAUAAACCCCUGGUAUGAAGACUGAUGAAGUACUGACUACUGGAAGGGUCCUGGUGCAUCUGGAAACUGUUUAAAAAAAAAAAAAAAGCAUUAGAGUCCUACAACAUUGAUGGGGAGCACUAUGUGAGCUA